GCGGCCGGGCGGCGGAGGCACAACGGGUCGACGCGGCCGCGCGAGCGGACGGCCCCGCGAUGGCUGCGCGGCGCGCUCGCCCUGGAGGCGCACCUCGUCGACUCCCUGUGCGGCUGCUCCGGUGAGUACGCGCCGGCGACCUCGCACCGCGCGCGCCCGCCGCCUCUCGAGGGAAUCGAAAGAAACAACGACGACGGCGACGCGAGCGCUGUGGCGUUGGCCGAGCCCGGACGCAGCAUCCAGUCCCUUGGGCAGAGCAACGAGCCGACAAGUGGAGGCAACGAGCGUCGGGAGGGGCCGCGCGGGCUCAAUUUACCCGCUUCUCCAUCCGCCUCUCUCUCACGCUCCUGGCAACAUUCGCGCGUGCUGUGCGGUGGGCGGGCGGGCGGAGUGACAGGGCCCGUGCGCGGGGCGCGGGUGGUGACGUUCCUGGCGCUGGCGGAGAGCGGUCUCGUCCCGAGCACCAAGGCGGGCUUCUUCUGCGACGACCCCGCCAUCAGCUUCCGCUUCCGCGGGGACACCGUCAGCCUGACGACGCUGCUCGCGACCACGGCCCUCGCCCCUCUGCUGGUGGUGCGUUGCUGCUCUCGCGGCCGGCGCAACGCUGACGCAACGCUGCUUACCGUGCUGUUUGUCUCGCAGGUGUGGCUGGUCGAGGCCUGGGGACGAAGGCCGCACGACUUCGCCGCAACAGAGUCGUCGAAGACGCGGUCGGAGGUGGGCGCGCGCCUCACGGCCUUCUGGUACCGCGAGUACCUCUUGGGGCUGGGCCUUGUGCUCUUGGUGACGGAUUUCGCGAAACUGCUCGUGGGAGAGCCGAGGCCGCACUUCCUACACACGUGUCGACCCAACUGCACGGCGGGGCACCACUGGUGGGAUGUAUUGGCUGGAGCUGUAGUAGGGAUUGCAUUGGGUGUGUUCACAGUCAUGGUGUUUUGCAGAAGUUUUACAGAAUUGCCAGUGAUAUUGCCAAACGAUCUUCUAGGAAAAGACGAAAUAGUAACGCAUGAAAAUGGUCACAUGACGCGUGCUUUUCGAAGUACAAGACAUCAGUCAGUUAGGCGGCUCUUAUCGUCAACUUCAAGCUGCACAGGUGAAGUGACGCCUGAUGAACAGGAGAUGAAAGAACCAUCAUAAAUUGUGACCAAGUCUAUUUUUGGCUCACUGAAAUUGUGUUGUUAUUUUCAAGAACUGUUUUGUGUGUAGUGUGGUUCAGAAGUAAUAUAAAGCUCACAGUCUGAGAAUUACGGUAUCUCAGGGGUUUUGUGCAAAACCAGAAAAAACAUCGAAACUAUAUAGUAUGGUUUAAGAUUUCAAUUGACUUUAUCGGUGAUGAUUAUUGGUAAUUAUGGCCAAAGUUUUAUAUAUUUAGUCCUAAACUCAAAUUGUGAAAGAUGAACCGAAAUACUAUGGUAUCUUAACUCUUUUCUGAUAAUUCUUAGCUUGGUUGCAUUGCAACUUUUUUCUUUUUUUUGCAAUGGGAAACAAUAUUAUUCCUUCUAUUGAUUUCCUAACAAUAAAAUGACUUCAUUAAAAUGCAGUGACACAAACUACUUGAACAAAAAAUGUAGUUUUUGAAUUGUACAAAUUAUCCUCAAAAAUUUUCUUGUACAUAAUAAAAAGAAUUGCAAUAUUAAAAUGGAAAAUCAAAAUUGAAAGAAUUUCUCAAUUAAAUAAAAAAACAGCCCAAACAUUCAAUUCAUGAAUGCAUCUUAUCUUAGCUGAUUCAUAUAAUUAAACUUUCAUAAAGAAAAUAAAGCACAAGUCUCGUCAAAUGUUUUCAAUGGGGGAAAACUUCUUUUAAAAAAUGUCAUUUCCUAUCAUUUAUUUCAGUGUAGUAUUUAACUCUAAUUUCUGGAACCUUCAUAGUAUACCAAAGUUGAUUCUUUUUGAUAACAUUUACUUGAAAUACAGAAAUAAACCUGAAAUAUUUGCAGUGCUUUUAAACAAUUUUGGAGAUGAAACUUGAGGGUUUUACGUGAAACAAAAAAAUAUACAUCUAUUUUCUCAAUGUAAGGAGUUGAUUUGUUGAAGGGGCUUGUUUUGUGCGAGCUGAAAUAACUUCCAAUACAUAGACAAUGGGCGGAUUAAGAGACAAAUUUUGAGAGGGGAAAUUAAAAAGUGUUUUGGUUGAAUGCGGCAUUACAGUUUUGUAAAAUAUCACAGACUGCACUCAGCUUGUGCUAGAAUGCGAUUUUAUUCAUUUCUGAAAAUAUUUUUACUUGAAAGUUUCGUGACAAGUUAAAAUUAAGUUACAGAAAAAUUUGAGGGGGGGGG